AUUUUAAAAAUAAAACAAAUCAUUAUUAUAUAAAUAUAAAAAAAUCUAAAACAAAUUUAUAAACUAUAAUUAUUUAAAUAAUAUUAACUAAAAGAUAAACAAAAAUGGAUUUUUUAAUCAUAUAUAAUUAAUUCUGUUUUUCUCCCCUCGAUCUGAUAAACAAGAUUUAUGUUUUUGUUAUAAUGAUUUAGUCUCAUCACGUGCUCUUUGUUUGUAUUAAAGAAUUUAGUUCGAUUGUGUAAUCAUGCAUUUAACUUUGUUUUGAUAAAAAAAAAUAUUAUACAAGAUAUUUUGGUUAAUUUUAAACAAUACUAAAUCGUAAACAAGAAGCCUUCUCUAUCUCCACUUACGUUUUUUUUUUGUUUAAUCGUCUUCUGUUAAGUAAGCGCCUAAAGAUUCUGCAACAUGAAUUUUAAAUAUCGCUGCCAUCAUGGACCCGUCACCCAUGGCACCAUCGUACAUCGUGCGCAAAUCGACAUACUCAUAAAUGUUUUACGUGGAUAAACGAAAUUAGCUUCAUUACUAAACGUAAUCGGAUCCAGAUCCGGUCCUUGGUAAACACAUGAAGCAUGUGGAUAGUGGACAGUGACCAGUCUAUUUUAUACUAUGUUUUUAAUGAAAGUAUUAUAAAAAAUGGAUAUAGUAAUUAGGAUUAAUAAAACGACGAAAGGUACAAUUAAAAAACAAACGUCAAUCUCUAUGUCGUUGCUUCUAAUAUAUAAAGCCCGCUAUAAUCCGAUCUUGUCCGAACAAAACCAUUUCUCAUCUCACACAGAUCAGAAACACAUGUCCUCCAAUCUUCUUCCUCUAUCUCCAAUGGCAACAGAAACCGUAAGAGACAGUACCGUGCCAAACCAUGACGAGACGGAGUUAACAGAGUUCCAAAAGAAUCAGAAACGGUACCAAGACCUGAUCUCCACGCUGCCUCACGUGAAAGGCUGGAGGCCGAAAUCUCCCCUGAUUUGGUACGGUGGUCAUUGGUGGAUACAGCUUUUCCUUGAAGGUUCCCUAUACGCGCAAGAGUUCUUCCAAGCGCGACCCAAUGACUUCCUCGUUUGUAGCUACCCAAAGACAGGUUCCACUUGGCUCAAGUCACUAACAUUCACAAUAGCCAAUCGAUCUCGCUUCGACGAUUCCACGAACCCUCUCCUAAAACGUAACCCUCAUGAGCUUAUUCCUUUCCUUGAGAUCGAGUUCCCUUUGUUCCCUCACAUUGAUGUUCUCCAAGACAAAGGGAACACUCUUUUUUCAACUCAUAUGCCACACGAUUUCUUACCCGAUUCGGUUGUCAAGUCGGGUUGUAAGAUGGUUUACAUCUGGAGAGACCCAAAGGACACUUUCAUCUCCUUUUGGAGUUUCAUGCAAAAGCAAAGGUCAACACGUGGCCCGCUCAAUAGUCUUGAGGAGUGUUUUGAUAUGUUCUGCCAAGGUAUCUCUGGGGAAGGUCCUUAUCUUGAUCAUGUCUUAGGUUACUGGAAAGCUCACCAAGAGAAUCCAGAUAAGAUUUUGUUCCUCAAGUACGAGACUGUGAGAGCUGAUCCUUUGCCUUAUGUGAAGAGGUUGGCUGAGUUCAUGGGUUAUGGAUUCACAGCUGAAGAAGAGAAGAGUGGUGGUGUUGAGAAAGUUGUGAAUCUUUGCAGCUUCGAGACAAUGAAGAAUCUUGAAGCUAACAAAGGAGAUAAGGAGAGAGGAGACCACCCUUCUCCUUAUACAAACAGCACGUAUUUCAGGAAAGGAAAGACCGGAGAUUGGGUGAAUUAUCUGACUCCAGAGAUGGCUGCUCGUAUGGAUGGAAUAAUGGAAGAGAAGUUCAAAGGUACUGGUUUGCUUGAAAAUGGUGAAUGAGCUAGUUCUUGUUCGGGAAAGAUGACUCAUCCUUUGCAUGCUUGUUAAUUUAAAGCAGAAGUUUUCUCUUUUCGAUGAUCUAUGUACUACGCUACAUAUUGGAUGAAUAAAACUUGUUUCUGUUUCAGAUGAA